CCUAAAACCGGAACUUUCUCUCGUCCGAGACGCUGAGUGUAAAUGAACUGGAAAUAUAAAUUCCGCAACUCACCUUUUGAUGUGACUGUGAAUUGAUUAGGCAGCUAAACGCUAGUGUGUGUUCUUGCCUGUUCUUGGAGUAGCCACGUAUACAGGAAAUAGAACACUCACUGUUGCUGUGUUAUUUUUUUGCUCUUACGACGAUUCAUUCUAGUAUCUAGGGCUCCUUAUCUCUUCAAGAUCCUGGCAUUUAACUGUGUUCCAGAUUAGUGUCAUUGGAAUUCAAAAUCAGCUGAGCACGUUCAACUUGGAAGCAGCAAUGGCUAACUACAGGAUGAAUGCUUGGUGCCGACAUGUUCUGCCUAUGUUCAUGGCCCUGUUCUGUAUACUCCACAACACUGUGGAUGUCAAUGCUCGGCCAGCUAAUAUGUCAAGUCUGAAAGACAAGAACAACCCCAACAGUAAAGAGGAGAAUGAGAUCCUCCCCCCAGACCAUCUGAAUGGUGUGAAGCUGGAGAUGGACGGUCAUAUCAACAAGGACUUCCAUCAGGAGGUGUUCCUGGGAAAAGAAUUUGAGGAGUUUGAGGAGGAUUCUGAGCCCAGGAGGAACAGAAAGAAGCUCAUUGAUAUAUUCAGCAAAGUGGACUUCAAUAAAGAUAAGAGUGUCAGUGCCAAGGAGAUGCAGCGCUGGAUCAUGGAGAAGACCGAAGAACACUUCCAGGAGGCUGUGAGGGAGAACAAGAUGAGCUUCCAUGCUGUAGACCCUGAUGGAGAUGGUCUUGUGACAUGGGAUGAAUACCGGGUGAAAUUUCUUGCUAGCAAAGGAUUCAACGAAAAGGAAAUGGCUGAGAAGAUAAAGCACAACGAAGAGCUGAAGGUGGAUGAAGAGACCCAGGAGGUGCUAGAGAGUUUGAAGGACCGUUGGUUCCAGGCUGAUAACCCCCCAGCGGACCAGCUGCUGAACGAAGAGGAGUUCCUCUCUUUCCUGCACCCGGAGCACAGUCGAGGCAUGCUGAAAUACAUGGUCAAGGAGAUCUUUCGUGACCUAGACCAGGACGGUGACAAGAGGCUGACCCUGUCUGAGUUCAUCUCUUUGCCCAUGGGUACAGUGGAGAACCAGCAAGCCCAAGACAUUGAUGAUGACUGGGUACGAGAGAGGAAGAAGGAGUUUGAGGAAGUCAUCGAUGGUGAUCGUGAUGGUAUCGUUACAAUGGAGGAAUUAGAGGAGUACAUGGACCCAAUGAACGAGUACAGUGCUCUUAACGAGGCUAAGCAGAUGAUCGCUGUGGCUGACGAGAACCUGAACCACAAUUUGGAACUGGAAGAGAUUCUAAAAUACAGUGAAUACUUCACUGGCAGCAAGCUCAUGGACUACGCCCGGAAUGUACAUGAGGAGUUCUAAAGACAAACCCCUCCCUUUCUCUUGUGUUAGGGGUGUUCUCACAAGUCGGCUGUAAAGACGGGUCUGUUUUAUUGGUGGAAUGAAACUCCUGAAUUUGUGGUGUUCUAGUGUGCAAUUGUGUGUUUAAAUCUUAGCCCCCAGCCGACUGACCUGGCCUCCCCCAACAACUCUUAAUGUAAGACAUUCUUCAUGUCUGGAUGGUGCCUCUUCUAAACAUCCCAUCAGAACUCGUCAUUGCCACGGUCUGCCUUUUGUCUGCUGCGGGAUUUAAGUUGCAUUAUCUCCCAUAAGACGAUGUGUUUGGGUUUUCGGUGCAUUCUAGACACUGUUUCGUUCAUGAUUAAUUUGUGUUAAUUAAUGUAUUGUGAAAUGUACAGUAUGCUUAUCAGGAAUUGGAAUAACAUUAGAUUGUUGGCCAGUCUAGUAAAGUGUUGAACAAUUUGACUUAUAAUUUAUAGUUGUGCAGGUCCUCAGUUUUUGCUGCAAAUAUGAAGAUUUUUAAGGUUUUUAACAUUGUUAAAUACCAAUAUUCUUUACAUUUACCAUCAUAUAUUGUCAUUGGUGUUUCAAAUUAAGUUACAGACUGUAUCUUUACUACCGUAGUGAAUGGAAGUAACAAGUCUUCUCAAAGCCAUCCGUCAUAUUAAUGAUUGAACUGAACCUCUUUAAUCACUGUAUUCUCUAUACUCACACUUUUCUGUUCUGUUUGGUAAUUUGGGUUCUACAGGUUACAUUGUAAAGUUCUAAUGUUUUUAUUCUCUGAUCCGUCCGCUCCUUUUAAAAUGAAUGCUUAUACAUUAAGGUGAGAAAGUAUGUACACGGUUGAUACAUGUGGGAAAACGUGACUGUAAAAUAAUUUAAAUUCCGAACUGAAUGCAACAAAAACAAUGACAUUUUAUACUAUUACAAUUGCUCAGAGAAAUAACUUAUGUUUGGGGUUUUCUUGUACGCUUGGUUACCUUUUGUUGGAAUAUCCACUUGUUUCCAAGUGUCAGACUCUUAGCUGAGCUCACCAGAUUUUUAUCUACAGUUAUCUGGAAUUGGGUAAAGUUCAUAGCAUAAAACAUCCACAACCAAAUUUGAAGGUAAUUGAGGUUUAUUUUCUGGUGUGCAUGGCCAUUUUCUGGUGUGCAUGGCUCUACUUAGAUGUCAUCUGACACAAAAACACCAGUUCCAUGCCAAGUGCCAGUAAUGUGUAGCGAGCUGCUCUUGACAUUUAUUGAAUCACAUGAGAAUAUAGCUAUGUGGCCGUAGUGGGUUAUCCUACCCAUGUCAGUGUCAGUGAGUUUGUGAUUGACAUGAGAUUGCAUUAGCAGAAAAAAAAAACAUGUAAAGUAUGAUGGGGAAUCCUUUGUUUGUUUGAUGUGCAUACUUUCUCAUUGUCUUAUAUGGAUAUAUAUAUUUAUAUAUGCUAAUAUAUUAUUAUGGAGUUCCGACUCCCUGUUGCAAUAUGGCUGAUAAUGUUUUCAUAUGUUUGGGUUACUUUUGCAUCAAGAAUUCCAACUGGGUUUGUGUGUUUCAAGUACCUCCAGAAUUAUGCAAAUGUUUAUGUCCAUUGGACAUGAAAUAAGCCCUAUUAAAUAUAUGUUAGAAUAAUUAUUAAUUGAUACUUUUUAACAGGGGUUUUAACAUUUGUUGCAGCACAGAAAUCUUUAAAAUAAACGGAAAAAAAUAUUUGAGAACAUUUUGUUGAAAUUUGACACGCCCUCUGGGUAUGUAGCUCUUGUCAAUUCUCCAUAUCACAUCUUAUUUUCUGUUUAAGAUUGGUGUAUUUAAUUGUUGUUGAUCUACAGUUAAUUUUCUUUAAAGGAGUUCUACCAAUGUCAAUCAGUAUAUGAUAGAUAAAUUAUAUAUAAUUAUAUUUGG